AAUACGAAUAUUACGAAUACGAUGCACUGCAGAAGUGCAGAUGCUUUCUAAAGAAUAAAAAAUAUUGUACACAAAACAUACGGUUUUGCUAUUUUUUAAAGAGCGCCGUUUCUAAAGCUAGCUAUUGAUUUAUAUAUAACAAAGGCAAACACUUCAAAUAGAAGAAAAUCUUUCGUUUUGGACUUGGCCCUCCGCCGGUGCUUGGGAUCCACGGACAGAAACUCUAUAUAGGAUUGCGACAUUAUGUGUUACAGCGUGUAUCAGGGGUGAUCUCAAGAUGAACUUAAUAAACUGACUGCCGUAGAGGUUUAACUUUGACGGAGUGAUACUUUUCUAUUUUUAGGUUAACAAUAAAACAUCAUGAAGUUGUACUGCCUAAGCAGUGACGCGGCGAAGCCAUGCUUCGUCCUAUCAUUCAAGGAGCUACUCAUCAUGCUGGACUGUGGACUGUCAGCACAUUCUGUGCUGAACUUCUUACCGUUGCCUCCAGUACCAUCAGCAAGGCUUGCCAGUCUGCCUUCGUACACUCCACCACAUAUUACAGAUCCACUAUUAGAAGGGGAGCUAAAAGAAUGCUGUGGUCGAGUGUUCGUAGAUUCAGCUCCCGAGUGGGCCCCUCCGCUAGACAAAGUCGUGGAUUUUGCCCAACUGGAUGUACUACUAGUUUCCAACUACACAUGCAUGCUGGCGCUACCGUUCAUUGUGGAUACCCCCGGGUUUAAGGGACAGGUGCUGGCUACAGAGCCUACCCUACAGAUUGGGAGAUUCUACCUUGAAGAGCUUUCCGAAUGGCUAUCCAACUGCAGCUCCGGUGCCGCAGCAAAACGCUGGAAGGAACUCCUUCAUGUCCUACCUCCACCACUAGCCCACGCUUCUCGCCCUAGAGCCUGGCGUAGAUUGUAUUCCGCUGAGGCAUUGCAGCGGGCUCUGGCUAGAGUACGAGUUGUGGGAUAUGAUGAGAGAGUGGAUAUUUAUGGUGCACUGGAUGCCACGCCAGUGUCAUCCGGCUUCUGCCUCGGCUCAGCCAACUGGGUACUGCGCUCAGCGCACGAAAAAGUGGCCUACGUCAGCGGCUCAUCUACUCUGACGACGCACCCUAGGCCGAUCAACCAGGCUGCUUUACGUGGGGCAGAUCUGCUACUGUUGGCCGCACUCACACAGACACCGGCGCAUAACCCGGACAAUAUGCUGGGUGACUUAUGCGUCCACUGUGCGACAACUCUUCGUGGCGGCGGCGGAGUUCUCCUACCGGUUUACCCUUCCGGAGUCCUCUACGACCUUCUAGAAUGUUUGGGAGCUCAUUUAGAAGCUGCUGGCUUGGCUCAUGUACCUUUGUAUGUGCUUAGUGAGGUCGCUGAUGCGUCCUUGGCGUACUCAAACAUAUUGGCUGAGUGGGUCAGCCAGGCGAAGCAGGCUAAGGUAUAUCUCCCCGAAGAGCCGUUCCCCCACGCAGCGCUGGCCCGCGGCGGGCGCCUGCGCCACGCGCGGCGCCUCCACGACGACGCCUUCAGCCGCGACUUCCGUCAGCCCUGCGUCGUCUUCGCCGGGCACCCCAGCCUGCGGUUCGGAGCCGCCGUACAUCUGGUCGAGCUGUGGGCGCAGAACCCUAUGCACGCUGUCAUAUUCACCGAACCCGACUUCCCCUACCUCGAAGCAUUAGCCCCGUUCCAGCCUCUCGCCAUGAAAGCGUUCCACUGCCCCAUAGACACUUCUCUCAACUACAGCCAAGCUAACAAAUUAGUUAGAGAGCUGCGGCCAAGGGAGCUAGCGUUACCGGAACAAUAUGCCGCGCCCACAGCGGGGCCUGCCAGACCGCACAUCAGCGCCGACGUGCCCACAGUGGUGCUCCGGCGCGGCGGCGCGCGCGCCGUGGGGCUCCGCCGCCGCGCCGCGCGGGGCGUGCUCGCCGGCGCGCUGGCGCAGGCGCUGCAGCCGCGGCAACUGCGCCCCGGACUACGGGCGGCGCCGCUGCAAGCGCUGUUGGCCUUGAGGGACUCCAGGCUGGAGCUGCAGCCGGUGGAGCCCAUACCCAGGCUGCCGGGAGACGCGGCGCCGGAACCGGCGAGAUUGGAAUGGGGAGAUCUAGAUGUGGAGCGCCUAGUCCGCGAGCUAGCUCGCGAAGGUCUCGGCGAGGCGAGAGUGGAGCCCGCGGCGGGCGGCGGGCGCGCUGUACAUUUGCCGCGGCAUGACACACUUGUUGUGGCCGAACGAGGCAGCACACAUGUGUUCUGCGAGGCAAGAGCGAGACCUCAUGUGAGGCUGAAGCUGCGUAAAGCGCUCGCUGCCUGUUUAAACCACCUAUAACUUAAGAAAGUAGAACUUGGAGCGGGCGGCGGCCGUGCUGUACAUUUGCAGAGGCAUGUUGGUCGUAAUCGAGCGAGGCAGCACAUAUAUGUUCUGCGAGGCAAGAGCGAGACCUCAUGUGCGGUUGAAGUUGAGAAAGCG